UUACAGCUUUUCUCUUGGCUAAAAUUCCAUGGAGAUGAACCCCGAGAUUGCCCCUUAUGGGGGCGCAUUGGUGAUGGUGGUGGAGUACCUAGAAUCCUCUAUGUGCAGAGAUCUGCUCUCCAAAUUCCCUGACAAUUCGGCCUUUGAUUUUGACUAUUCACAGAGCUCCAUUUGGUCCCCUUUGAUCCACAGGAAAUUUCCUUCAACAACUCCCAUCAGUAAUGACCGCAGAAAUGUACUGAGCUGCGGCCUCUCGAGAAAGCUUGUUUACAAUGAUGAUGAAGGGCUGACCAAGAUCAAGAAAGUGACUGCAAAUAUCAAGAGAAAGUUCACUGAUGCUGUUUCUGAUAAUCUCCUGAAGUAUCAAAAGAUGAGGAAGAGAAAGAGGAAGAACAGUCUUGAUUUUACUCCUUGCCCUUCUUCUAAGCUUCCUUCCACUAGUCCAACACCAAGAAAGGGAUGGGUAAAGGUGCUGAAAGCUGCUUCUAAGCAUUUCAAAAAGAAGAGCAAGAAGAGAGACUCGUAUACUCAGAUCAACUUCUCAAGUUGUUUCACGUAAACAGACUCCUGAGAACUGCUUUUCUAGUUUUCUUCACAUCGGUCAUCUUUUGCUGCCAUGUUUCUCAUUCUUUUAUGUAAUUCGAUUACUAUCAUCAAAUUCUAUUAAUAGACCGAAUUACUGAGUAGUCUUUAGAAAUUUAUAGGUUUUGCACAUUUUCGAACUUCUAUCUUGUCAUCAUCCUAAAGGUUUAACAGAUUUUGAAACUGCAGUUAGGUUGUAACCAUCCUAAUGCUGCUAUUUAGA